AUGAUCAUUACAGUGAGUUCGGCGAUAGUGGAGGUAGGUUUCUACUGUCGGAAAGCAAAGGAGCUCCCGAACGAUUAUGAAAAAUUCGUCAAUGAUCCAACAUCGAAGGGAACAAUUCUCGUGGCUUUUGGAUCAAAUAUCAUUUGGGACUAUGCACCGCCGGAUAUUAUGGCAGCAAUGUUGGGAGCUAUCAACCGCUUGAGUGAUUACAGGGUUGUGUUCUCCUACAAUGGCAACAUGGAACGCGUGCGAUUUCUUGGCAGCCAUGUUAAAGUCAUUCGUUGGGCUCCACAAAAAGAUGUCCUUUCACACAAGAAGACUGUCGUCUUCGUUAGCCAUGGAGGAUUGAAGAGCAGCGUAACAUUUUGCCGCGAUCAUUUCUUCAUAGGUCCGAAUUCCACUCGAGAUGAUCUGAGUUUAACUGAGGAAGUGCUUAACCUUUUCUAG